GCGAAGUUACCCACAUUGCUCAAUUCCGGCAGUUAUCAAAAAGUACAAUGAAGCAUAUUGUGCAAAUUACAACAUUUUCUGCUAUGCGAGAAAACCCCAUGGCAAACUACUCAACUAUCCCAGAUACAAUCUUUGAUCGUGAGGUUGGUGACUGGAAGAAUCACUUCAGUGCAGAAGAGGAUGCUGCAUUUGAGGAACAUUAUCUCAAAAUAAUGGCUGAUUGUCCUAUUCCAAUACGGUUCACAAUAUGAAAGACUGAAAUGGAGUGUGUCUGUUUUCUAGUCCAGAAAACAAAAUUACAAUUUCCUAAAUAAAUUAUAAACUAUUUAAUCCCAUAUGUUUCUAUUUUGCCUCAUAAAGUACAUUGUUGGGCAACAAACUGUAAUAUAAAUGUACUACUCUGGAUGAGUGGUAACUGUUGACUGUUCAAAGCUCUUGAAUCCAGUGUAAAGUUCAAGUCCCAUCAUAAAAUCUCUGGAAAGUAUACAUAAUAUAUUAACGGAAAUGAAAAUAAUCCCCAGCAGAGGGCAGAAAUGUAAUGUUUCUUUAUUUCAUAUUUUUACCAUUUUGAAUCAGGAACAGGCCUCAGAAAUAAUUAUGGAAAUACAUUAAUAUAUUAAAACUUUGUGGCUGUAGAGAAACAAAUCAUACAGUUGUAAAAACUGAUCAAGGAUUAAGUGACCUUUGAGACUGUGCUACCAAACCUCCAACUCUCAUAUCUGCACUUGAUAAAGGUUAUACAUGAGUGAGGAUCGCAAACAACGCAACUGAAAAUAACAAAACAAGGCAUGUUGUCCUUCAUUUCCCGGCUUGUGCCAAGUGUUCCUACUUGGCUAACACCAAGUGCUAUUCCUUUACAUAGUGUUUUACAAGGGCUUGUGGGUGCUUGUGGAAUCUGGGUUCUUCGUAACCUUUUAAAAACUUACUUGUUUGUUGAGGCACAGAGUAUUGCAGAUCCUGAAACAGACAUUAAACGAAGGAACAGACUAAAUGGUGGACUAAUAGAGAAAAUUCAGUUCUGGAUCCUAACAGUGCUUCUUUCUGUUGUGGGGUCUCGUGUUGCAUCACUAAUAGUUUUAGAGUUCUCUCUUAGAGCCAUUUCAGCACGGAUCACAGGAGGAUCAGACUCAAUAAUGGACCCAUUGUUACUGUUGAUUAUCCAGUGCCAGUUCUCCUUGGGCUGCGCACUAACCUGCAGCCUUAAUUUCCUCCAUGAGGGGGCACCACAAGGCUGGCUAAGCCGCCUCCUUGCAGUUGGACUGAGCUGGUUCUUGGCAAGCAGGUGCAGCAGAGUAUGGCGACAUGUAAAUACAAUGUAUCCAAUACACAGUACACAGCGCUAUUGUGGACUUUGCAUUGGACUAUUAACCACUGGCACUUCUAUAUUAGCCUGGCUCUGCAGUGCCUUAAUUAUAACUUUUAGCGUAUCUGGAAUUGCUGCCAUAUCAAACAUAAACCAAAACUUUCUAUCAACCACUGAGGCUCUGAGAUUUUGGACCCCACUCACAAUAUGCUACACUCUGCUGGUUGUGUACAUGAAUGAGGAUCGACAUCAAUCGCCUGGCCAACAGAUUCUCAAUACAGUCGUUGUGCACCUGGGUGGGCUUUUCGUGUUACUGAUUACAGUGGGCAGCUGGUCAGAUGUACUCCAUGUUCUAAUCUGCUUCAUUGGUGAAGCUGCGUGCCUGUUACCAUCUCAAGACCUUUUGGAAGCCAUAUAUCAGGUUAGAACUAAUAAUUAAUUG